GUAUCGUAUGUGGAGUUGCGACUCAUGCAGUCCGAGUCGAUGAAAAAGUUAUUUACUCUGUGAAAAAUGUUUGGAAUUCUGUGUCAGCGACCAGACGAAUUUUGAGUGUGCUCGUGCAAUGUUGAGACGUGGCCUGGGGAAUUUGGUGGGUGCAGCAUCGAGGGGCUAUGGGGCCCAGGCAGUGGCUGCGAGGGAGAAGCAGCUCCAGGAGUUUGCUCUUUUGAAUGAGAACUGCAUCCUCGUGGACACGGAUGAUAGGGCAAUUGGGCCAGCCAGCAAAAAGGACAGCCACCGUGUGGACGUCAAUGGGCACGUGAAACUCCACAGAGCCUUCAGUGUCUUCCUGUUUAAUUCACACGGAGAUAUGCUGCUCCAGCGACGUUCCAAACACAAGAUCACCUUCCCGGACACCUACACCAAUGCCUGUUGCUCCCAUCCUCUCUACGAUAUCCCUGCAGAGAGAGAGGAGGCGAAUGCAAUUGGUGUCCGUAGGGCAGCUCAGCGGAGGCUCAACCAUGAGCUUGGGAUCCCAACUAGUCAGGCACAACCAGAAGAUUUUCACUACCUCACGCGGAUUCAGUACCAGUCAGCUGGGGAUGGGGUAUGGGGAGAGCAUGAGAUUGACUACAUCCUCAUCCUGCAGAAGGAUGUGGACUUGAAGCCAAAUCCCUCAGAAAUCAGUGAAGUUCGCUACGUCACGCGGGAGAAUCUCGAAAGUGAAAUCAAGUCAUUGGAAGCCCCUCUAACACCUUGGUUCAAUCUCAUCUUGAAGCAUCGUCUGAAGAAGUGGUGGGACAACCUUCAGAAUUUGCGACAAUUCGAGGAUCAUCACCAAAUUCAUCGAUUCUAAUCCAAAAGGAUAAAACAAAAAAUUCACAAUUCUUCAAGUCAACUUUAUUUGUAAUUUUUAAACAUUUUGGAAAGGAAGAAACUUAUUCUAUUGAUAUUUAGUUGUGGUACGGACGUAGUUAAUACCGGAAGGCAUUGAGACCCGAUCAACACCACGUGGGAACAUCUUUUCCGCCUCUUCAUCCGUAACCUCAGGAAGAAUCAUGACCUUUUCACCAGGCUUAUGGCAGCAAAGAAAAAAAUUAUAGUUUGUAAAUAAAAAUGAUUUUUUGAUCAAA